GCAGAGGCAUCUCGCGGGCAGCAGCAGAGAGGGCAGAGGAGAGGGGGAGGCGAGUGGCCUUUCCGGCGGCGGCGGUGGCGAUGGCGGGGGCGGAGGGGAGGGGGCCGAGGCGGAGCCGGGUGGCGUUCGUGCUGGUGGACGGGAUCGGGGACGUGACGAUCCCGUCGCUGGGCGGGCGCACGCCGCUGGAGGCGGCGCGCGCGCCGCGGCUGGACGCGUUGGCGGCGGCCGGGGUGGCGGGGCUCAUGGACCCCGUGGAGCCGGGGCUUGCGUGCGGCAGCGACACGGCGCACCUCUCCCUGCUCGGGUACGACCCGCGCGUGUACUACCGCGGGCGCGGCGCGUUCGAGUCCAUGGGCGCCGGGCUCGCCAUGGCGCCCGGCGACAUCGCCUUCAAGUCCAACUUUGCUACAUUGGAUGAGAACACAGGGGUUAUUGUCAGCAGGAGGGCAGAUCGGCAUUUUGAGGAGGAAGGCCCUAUCCUCUGUGCUGCAUUGGAUGGGAUGAAGCUUCCAUCAUUUCCUGAGUAUGAAGUCAGAGUCAGGUAUGCUACUGAGCACAGAUGUGGUGUGGUUGUCAAAGGGCCAAAGCUGAGUGGGAACAUUUCUGGAACUGAUCCCUUGAAGGACAACCGGUUGCAUCUGAAAGCUGAACCAUUGGAUGAUUCAGAAGAAGCUAAAAACACUGCAGCUGUUGUCAACGAGCUUUCUAAGGAGAUUACACGCAUACUGGUUUCUCACCCUAUCAAUGCGAAGCGUGCAGCUGAAGGGAAGAACAUUGCAAAUGUUGUGCUGUUGCGAGGCUGCGGCAUCCGGAUUGAGGUACCUGCCUUUGAAACCAAGCAUGGACUUGCACCAUGCAUGGUAGCUCCUACUAAGAUCAUAGCUGGCCUGGGGCUGUCACUGGGUAUUGAUAUCCUUGAAGCACCUGGAGCAACCGGAGAUUAUCGUACUCUCUUAACUUCUAAAGCUAAAGCUAUAGCAAAGGCACUCUCUGCCCCUAUGGAUACACCACCUCGUGUUUUUGUGCCUGGAGAGGAUGAAUAUAAAGCUGGAAGAGAAAAUGGAUAUGACUUUGGGUUCUUGCACAUAAAGGCCAUUGACGAUGCUGGCCAUGAUAAGGCUGUCAAGUUAAAGGUGCGGGGUCUAGAAGCUGUUGAUCGGGCUAUUGGUCAGCUUGCAAGGCUUCUUUGGGAAGCUGAAAAGGCGGGACACUACCAGUACUUCCUUUGUGUCACCGGAGACCAUUCUACUCCUGUUGAAUACGGUGACCAUAGCUUCGAACCCGUCCCAUUUGCAAUAUGCCGGCUGAGAGAUUAUGUGGGAGCCAUUGGGGAGGAUAAUGUGUUGGACACACCCCUUGAUGAUUUCCCGCUACCUUCAGUAAAAUCUGGAGAAGAUUUGCUAGACAAUAUGGAGUCAACCGAGCACAAGUCUGAUAAGCUUAAAGCUUUCAGUGGCGAUUCUGUUUAUAAAUUCAAUGAGAUCGCCACUGCGAGGGGCUGCCUUGGACGAUUCCCUGGAAGCGAGAUGAUGGGCAUCAUCAAGAAGUUUAUCAAGGCGAAGAAUGAUUAACACCGGUCCAAGUGCUAACCCUUUGCCAUGGCUCUGUAGUAAAAAAUAAUGACAAACAAAGAAACAUAAAACCAUCUGGAUCUGAGAUAAAUAAGAGCUGCCAUGGUUCCUUAUCUUGCAUGGAAAAACAUAUGCAGAUCUGAUAUACUCGUGUACAUUGUACCUAAUGUUGGGUCGCUUUCAGAGCACAUGAAUGGGAAUUUUGAUGGAGUGGUCUUGUGGACAAGCCUAA